AUGCAACGGUCUCAAUCUGAAGCUGAUGAACAAUGUAAUCCUUUCGAUGAACACGAUCUUCCUGUUGUUGAAACAAGAAAAGACGAGAAUGAUUCCAUGGAUACUUUUGAUUCAAGCUCGAAGGCUAUUAUCGACACGAAUAGUAUUGAUUCCGAAGAAGUUGCACCAGCAGCAGAUCUUCGUUCACAGCAGGUUUCGACACGACAAAGACGAAAGAGAAAUCGAAAUCUUGAUACUCAAAAUGUUAUAUCUUCAACAGAUGCUGAAGAAAGUCAACAGCAAAGCGAAUCUCAAUUACACAUCCCCCUGAAUGAUUUAACUAAUUCAUCAUCAAAGUCUCGCCAGAUUAAACGAAGACGCCGAUAUUGA